AUGUCCGAGCCCGAAGGGGCCCCCAAAACAUCGAAUGUCGGUUUCGAAACGGAGUAUACAAGAAGACUAAAAGACAGGUGUAGGCCUGACUACAAAGAACUUAGCAAAUACGCCAAAAUAUCGUCUCCACAAAAUAUUAGGAAGUCUAAAGUCAAAAUCCAUCCAGUACUGAACGUAAGUAGGUAUUCAAUUCCUCUUAAGGGCACUAAUCCUAACACCGGGGUCAAAGAACUCAAUAUCAAGGAUUUCCUCGACAAAAAAUUUUCGAGACGACCUUCAAACGACCCUGAAGUCUUAGAAACAACAGAAGGAGGCAUUACUGUUGCCAACCAAAAAGACCCCCCCCUACCGACUAAAGAGAGCCUAGAGAAGAUACCAACAGAAGGGGAUUCGGAUGACCUCGAAUUCCAUGACUCAUCCGAUGCCACUAUGGAUAGUCAGGACGACAGUGUCAGUAAUAGUACUGGGAAUUCGACAAUCAAACUAGAUAAAGAAUCUAACCCUAGCACAAUUAAAAAAAUUGAAAAACCCAAAUAUAAAACCCUCCCCCUACCCCCAAAUGUUGUUGCAAAUCUAUUAGAUUUUAAAACAAACAACUAUCAGAUAGAGUUGAACACAAUCACAGGUAAAGAUCUCCCAAAGGUUGACAUCAUCAUCGAAAACAGUAGUGUAGAUAAUACUCAGGCCCAAGGUGGAUCGAGUAACUUUAGGUCUGAGUACGAAACUGCACUACCUGUACAAAAUGAGCCUAACCUGAAUAAUGUUACGAAUAAUAUAUUUAAAGAAACUGUCAUAACAUCGGAAGAAGACAAUCCAUUAAUCCCAGGAGAUAAAACAGAUGAGAAUAAACUACCCCACUCACCUAAUAGCGUAUUUAUAUUAAGAAAAGAAGGACAACCUAUCACUCCUGAAAAGGAGAUGGAGGUAGACGAAAAUCCAAGUAAGGAUAAUGAGACCCCAUUUACAAACCCAAGGCGGUUUAGCUCGAAUUUCCAGCGGCUAAUCCGGGAAAAAACGAAAAAAACAUUAACCCCAACAAAAAACCGAUUUGAGCCUCUAACCGAUGAAUCCGAUUCAGACAUUUCAGAUGAUGAAAUCGGAAAAAUAGUAAAGAAAAGAAAAAAAGGAUCCGUAUCAAAGACAAAUACCACAGAAAGGGCUAGUAACAGCAACAAUACCAACGCAGAAACACUACAGGCGAAAACAAGCAAUGAAACUGUCAAAACAAAAGCUACAGAAGCAAAACAAAAUAAAACCAAAGUUCAAAUGCCUCCUAUUGUUAUAGACGGUAAAACAACAAAUCCCAAUAAUCUUAUACAGGAUAUCAAAGCUCUCGCUAAAGGCAACUUUAGCGUGAAGCAUACUAACUACACGACGGUACUUUUCAUAGAGGACAAGGAGGACCACGAAAGAGUACUAGCAAACAUAAAGAUGGACAAAAUGCCCUACCACACUUACACCAACAACGAGGAUAAGUCGCACGCCUUUGUGCUAAGGGGGCUGGCAGAAGGCACUAAAAUUCCAGAUAUUGAACAAGACAUCGAAGAACAGUACGAAAUAAAAACGAGAGCUAUAUAUAGAAUGAACACUAAGGACCGCCCACUCUAUUUAGUUGUGACAGAUCCAGCAAUUACGCUGGACUACCUAAACAAAAACGCCCGCAGGGUACUCUACACUCGGGUAAUAUGGGAGCUAAGAAAAUCGGCAAAGAAAAUAAUUCAGUGCCACAUUUGCCAAGGCUGGGGGCACGCCACAGCAAAUUGUGGUAGACCAGCUAAAUGCUUGAAAUGCGCGGGGGAUCACCAUACCCGCACUUGUACAAAAACACGAGACACACCGGCCACCUGUGUAAACUGCGGGGGUGAUCACCCCGCCAAUUAUACGAAAUGUAAAGCCUAUACCGAGAGACUAAACAGAUUAGAAGAGAGGAAAAAACCACAGCAGCAAACUAGAUAUGUACCGGCCCCGGUACCAACAGUUAACAGAUGGGAAAAUAGGAAAACAACAUCUAGAAGCAAAGAAGAAUUCCCUGCUCUUCCGAGCAGGAGCCAAAAUUCAAAUGAAGUAAUUGAAGUAAAUCAAAAAAUAGAGAGGCCAAGACCAGAAAACAGCCAAGGUAAGAUCAUGACCGAUGUCUCGACCCUUAAUCAUGAGCUUAAUGAAUUAAAUAAAAUCAUAAAUAUAGGUGAAAUGACUCGAGCAGUCAGAGAACUUAACGUAAAAAUGAGACAAUGUAAAACAGGUCAGGAACUUUUUGAAACAUACAACGACUUCAUGUCUAACAUCGACUUUAAUUUUAAUCUAAGAAACUGA